GUUUCGCAUUUUGCGUUUCUAAUUUUUAUAUUGCACUGAAUUUGACUUGUCAUGGUGGAAAAUGCAGUACAGUGUUGUAUUAUGCAUAGAGAGAACUUCAAUACCCUGCGAAGUUACUGCGUCAGUAGGCGAGAGGUCUCAGUAUCAGGGAGGGGUUGCUAACUCUAGUUGCUAACUAUAGUAAAACUCUCAAACGCAGCCGUAUAAGCCUUUAUUUCAUGGCUACCUUAGUUUAAAGACUGAAUUUUGCGUUUAUAAUCGUCGAAUGUUGGGUUCAUUGUGCUGUUAUUAGCCGAAAGGAACUGGGUUAUUCGUGUUAUGGCUUUAAAACCCAUUUUCUUGGGAGUAAGCGCUGCAUGUAGCCGCAUGCUUCAUGUUUCAGAGCAUUAAUUAAACAGUGUCCGUAUGUGCUAAUGAUGUUAUUUACUAUCACACACUGAAAUUAGUUGGCAGUUGUAGAGAAAAUUCAGCGUAAUAGGCUUAAUUUUUUCCAUAAACGUUUUUCAUAAGCGUUUGUUUCCAUCUUCUAGAAACAUCUCUAAUCUGGAAUGCAUGUCUCAUAAAGUAGGAUUUGUUUCGGAGCGCCUAGCCGCAGUCAGUAGCGAUGCUGUGUGCUUCCAGCAUACUGAGAGCAUACUUUUUAACAUACUAGCACCCAAAUAUCAACCUACUGCUAAUCCUCCUGCACAGGGCAUCUUCUACAAACAAAUAAAAAUCGCUGAGAUGUUCACAGUUGGACGAUAAGGACUCGGUUAGGUUGGAUACAGUGGUGUGGGAUAUAGUGGAAGCUCGUUAUUAUGUAACGCGAUCAGCCCAGAGAGCUGCGUGUCUCUGACGCCAGAGCGCUUAUAGCACGCACGCUGACGUCGACAGGACAGGACUGCCUGGUGUUUCUGCCUCCAGCGCAAACUGUUGCCAGCGAUUAUGAACAGGUUCAGCCCUAAAUUUAACCAUGGAAAAGGCUGAAUAUUCACUCUGCAGCACUGCAGCCAGACUCGGAUGUUUUAAAUCCUUCGUCUUUGUUGAUGCAUGCUACUGGAACUGGAUCACUCAUCUGUGGACGGAGACAUUUCCUCUGCAACCAGCACUUUGUUCCUUUGCCUGGCUCCAGCUGAACCUUGUAUUGUGCAAGGCUUGAUACCACGUGAGAUUUCAAGCGGCUUCUGGAAAUACUAAUAUUUUGCACCUGGCCAGUUUAGCAGCUAUGCAGCUUGAAAUCCAAGUAGCACUCAACUUUAUCAUUUCGUACUUGUACAACAAGCUGCCACGGCGUCGUGUCAACAUUUUUGGCGAGGAGCUGGAGCGGCAGCUGAAACAGAAGUACGAGGGACACUGGUACCCGGACAAGCCAUACAAAGGUUCUGGGUUCCGCUGUAUUCACGUUGGGGAGAAGGUGGACCCGGUCGUUGAGCAAGCAGCCAAAGAGAGUGGGUUGGACAUCGAAGAUGUACGCAACAACCUGCCUCAGGAUCUCAGCGUUUGGAUCGAUCCUUUUGAGGUGUCUUAUCAGAUUGGGGAAAAGGGACCUGUCAAGGUGCUCUAUGUGGAUGAUAGCAAUGAGAAUGGGCUGGAGUUGGACAAGGAGAUCAAGAACAGCUUUAACCCUGAGGCCCAGGUUUUCAUGCCAAUCACCGAGCCUGUGGGACCCUCACCCACGUCCAGCUCACCGUCCCCUCCCUUCGGCCAAUCGGCCGCCGUCAGCCCCACCUUCAUGCCCCGCUCCACUCAGCCUUUAACCUUUACCACUGCCACAUUUGCUGCCACCAAAUUCGGCUCCACCAAGAUGAAGAGUAGUGGUCGCAAUGGCAGCAAGGUGGCACGGAGCUCCCCCACUAACCUGGGCUUGAAUGUGAACAACCUCCUGAAGCAGAAAGCCAUCUCCACUUCGAUGCACUCACUCUAUGGCCUUGGCUUGAGCGGACAGCAGCAGAAGACCUCAGCCCUGUCCCCAAAUGCCAAGGAGUUUGUGUUCCCCAGCCUCCAGGGCCAGGGCAGUCCAAGUGCAAUGUUCCCAGGAGAGAGCUCACUCGGCCUGAGUCUCAGCCCUCUCCAAUACAGUAAUGCCUUUGACGUGUUCGCCACCUAUGGGGGUCUGAAUGAGAAGUCCCUGAUGGAUGGCCUAAACUUCAGCUUGAGCAACAUGCAGUAUUCUAACCAGCAAUUCCAGCCAGUAAUGGCCAACUAGGAAACAAAGAUGCUACUACAAUGACCAGAGAUAUGUGACUGGGGAUUGGAUGGGGGGGUGCUUAUUUUCUAAAAUUCUGAAAAAGAGGAAAAAAAAAAUAGAAAAGAGCAAAAAAAAAAGGAAAAAUUUACACAUUAACUGUACAGUCCCAGUGUACAAGUCAAAGAGCAUGAGCCCGAGGGUGAAUUACUUUGCCCCCUUGAGUUUUUUCUUUUUUUUCUUUUUUAUGAUGAAGCUUGUAGUACUACAUGUCCAAGCUUGGUUACCUAAACUCAACAUUAUAUUGUUUUUUUUUUGUUGUUGUUUUUUUUUUUUUUGCCAACCAAGCACAAAAUUAUUUUUUAUUGACUGUUUUAAGAUAACUCUAUGAGGAAUUAAAACACAAGUCAUGGCCUCUUACAGUAUUUAAGAUAUAGCUGGACAGCCAAUUUUCAAAGGAUUGGCAUAAAUACUAAGUGGAAAUUUCCUGGUCUUUUUUCUAAUUGUAUAAUUUAAUUUAGUACAGAGUUUGUAAAAUAUCAGAGUAUAUAUUGUUUCUACAACAUGGUAUUGCAUUUAUAUCUUUUUACUACUCCAGUGAUCUGUGAUGGCUGCAGCAGCUUUUGUGUUAUUUCUUUUUUUAUUGAAAUUGUAAAAUGAAUCCAUCUUUAAAAACAUUGACUAUUCUGAGGAUUGUGUACAGAAUAUUCCGUAGUGGUGGGAUUUAAGAAUAUUUGCUUUUUUGGAAAAAAAAAAAAGAAACAAGAGUUGUAUUUUCUGUUAAAAGUUAAGAUUUUUGCUAUAUUAUGACAAAAUGUAAUCGUAUAUUAAUUUUGUACCUACAUUGUGCAAUACUUGAUAAAAACACACGGUAUAACAAAAGUAUUGAGUCAGUGUCUUACAUGUUAAGAGGGACUGAUAGUUUAUUAAGUUUGUAUUAAAAUUCUUGAAAAUA